AUGGAGCCCAAGCCGCCCACGUCCUCGGAGGAGGAGGCGGCGGCGGGGCCGACGACCCCUCGGUUCAGGCUCGGGAAGCAGUCGUCCCUGGCGCCCAGCCGCGGCGGUGAAAACGGCGCCGAGGUGUCGGGGGAGGCCGCCGGCGUCGCCAGCUUCCAGAUGAUGUACCUGGCCCACGAGGGCAACGCGGAGGGGAUACGCGAGCUCCUCGACGCCGGCGCCGACCCCAACUUCCGCGACUCCGACGGCCGCACGGCGCUGCAUAUCUCCGCCUGCGAGGGCCACGCCGAGGUCGUCGCUCUGCUGCUCGACCGCGGCGCGGAGGCCGUCGUCGAGGACCAGUGGGGAAGCACGCCUUUGGCAGAUGCGAUGCAUUACCAGAACCAUGAUGUUAUCAAGAUCUUGGAGAAGCAUGACUCGAACCAUAAGGUUGCUCCUAUGCAUGUUAACAGUGAUCGUGAUGUUCCUGAAUACGAGAUUGAUCCGGACGAACUUGACUUCACAAAUGGCAAAGAUUUAGCUAAGGGUACAUUUCGGAAAGCAACAUGGAGGGGCAUUCUGGUUGCUGUUAAAAAGCUGGAUGAUGAUGUACUUACUGACGAGAACAAAGUACAAGCAUUCAGAGAUGAGCUUGACGUUCUGCAACUAAUACGGCAUCCAAAUGUCGUUCAAUUUCUGGGCGCUGUAACACAAACCAACCCAAUGAUGAUUGUCAUGGAAUUUAUGCCGAAGGGUGAUUUGCGCAAACACUUGAAUAGGAAAGGAGCUCUGGAACCUUUGUAUGCAGUUAAAUUAGCUCUUGAUAUUGCAAGAGGAAUGAGUUACUUACAUGAGCAUAAACCCCAAGCUAUCAUCCACCGUGACCUUGAGCCUUCAAACAUAUUGAGGGAUGACACUGGGCAUCUGAAGGUGGCAGAUUUUGAUUUGUGUAAGAUGCUAAAGUGGAGAAGAAAAGUCAGAGAGGACAAACCAGUUACUUCUCCUGGCAAUGCCUGUAGGUAUGUAGCUCCAGAAGUCCUGCGUAAAGAGGAGUAUGAUAAUAAAGUUGAUGUCUUCUCAUUCGCUUUGAUACUUCAGGAGAUGAUUGAAGGAUGCCUGCCUUUUCACGAUAAGAAAAUUGAUGAAAUUGAGAAGGCCCAUAGUUCUAAAGAAAGGCCACCGUUUAGAGCUCCUGCAAAGCAUUAUGCCUACGGGCUAAGAGAGUUGAUUGAGAAAUGCUGGAGUGAAAAUCCUGCUGAUAGGCCCAAUUUUAGAGUUGUCAUUGAUCGGUUGUCUGCCAUCCAAAUUGAACUAGCUCGCAGAAACCGUUGGAAGGUCAGACCUCUCAAGUGUUUCCUUAGCUUCGAAGAGAAAAGGCAGCAUGGCCAUGACACGGUGUGCAGACCCAUGUCAUUUUGGAAACUGUUUGAGAUCGAAAGUGAAAUCUCUGUCUUGAUUGAUGGUUAUAGGCGCUACUUAUACCAUCUGGAGAGACGCGAUCGAAGGGAGGCGUCGGUUCCAGAGGGCAGGAGCGAGAAGGCGUCUGUGCGGGACAAACCGCACGACAGUUUGGGCAAGGGAAGAUUUUCCCCUAAUUACAAAUUGUAA